ACAAAACAAUAUCAAAAAAAUCAAGUUAUUUUACGACAAUCUAAAGUUCAAGUCGGUCUUAGUUCCACAUUCUUUCUCCAACCGUUCAGUCAUACAAACAGCGGCAAUAAGAAAACACAGCACAAAUGAUUGGUGCAUUCAGAAAGUCAAAUCAAAUCCUUAAAAUGUCCAGUAAAGUAGUGUCCAGUAGCAAUUAUGCAUCAAAUUCAAAUCCACAAGGUCUGCCGCACUUGCCUGUACCAAAGUUAAAUGAUACAUUGACGAAAUUCCUUGACACAGUCGAGCCUCACUUGCCAGCAUCGAAUUUUGAGAAUACAAAAAAUUUGGUCCGUGAAUUUGGAAAGGCUGGUGGAGUUGGUGAAAAGUUGCAGCAAUUAUUGGAGAAGAGAGCUGGAGAGAAGGAGAAUUGGUUGUCAGAUCCAACAUCUAAUUGGUGGCUGAACUGUGCUUAUUUGCAGUAUAGAGAUCCAGUUGUGAUUUGGUCGUCGCCUGGAAUUGUUAUGCCCCAGAGGAAGUUCGAUACAAUGGAUGAUAGACUGAAGUAUGCGACAAGGGUUAUUUACUGUAAGUUGUGCUGUUUUUUUUUUUUUUUUGUUUUUGCUUCCAUGACUUUAAUUUGCGAGGAAGAAAAACAAGUUUUUGAAUUUUUUUUGGGGCAUUAAUGCUAAUGAUUUAAUGACAUGUGUGUAAUAUCAAUAGUCAUGCAUCAUAGGUCUGUAGAAUUGUUCAGACAUGGUUCUUAAGAGCCCCAAGAGUUUCAAAGCUGAGAUUUUAGGCCAUUUUAUGAUUCUUGAACCCGAGUAGUCAUGGAAAGCGUACUCUGAUGUACUAAGAUCUUUUCAUCAUACCUUCAUGCUUCCCUUUUCUUCAAGAAUCAAUCCAAAUUUCAACAAUUUUCAAUAUUUUUAGCCGCAAUGCAAUUCAAAAGCCUAAUUGAUGCCAAAAAAGUAGCAGUUGAGAAGAUGGGAAAGAAUGAGAUGGAUAUGCAGCAAUACCACAAUGUUUUUGGAACAUGUCGCAUCCCUGGCUUACCACAAGACUCUGUAGAGUUUAAUAGAGACUCAACUCAUAUUGCUGUAGCUAUAAAUGAUGUGUUCUUCAAAGUUCCAGUCUAUAAUGUCCAUGGAGAUAUUUUAGGAGAGAAUCAGUUGAUGGAGCAGCUUCAGUUCUGUGUCAAUGAAGCAAUGAAAGUAAAGAAUCCACUUAAGAUUGGUGUCUUGACAUCUGACAAUCGUGACAAUUGGGCUAAAGCUUACCAAGAAUUGAUAAAAAAUACACAAAAUGUAGCAUCACUUGAGGACAUCCAGAAGUCAUUGUUUCUCUUGUCAAUCGAUAAAGAAACUCCACAAAUCAAGGAUGAUAUUGUCACAGGCGAGUAUCUGUUCCUUACUGGAGCUGGAUCAAGUCACAACUCAGGCAACCGAUGGUACGACAAAACAAUUCAGUUCAUUAUUGGAACCAGAGGCAUCAAUGGAGUUACUUAUGAACAUUCUCCAGCUGAAGGAGGACCAAUUGCAGUCUUAACUGAUCAAGUCAUAAAAUAUGUCAACGAUCAUGAAGCUGGAAAAGCUACAACUGCCAUUGGAACUGGAAAUUUUGAGAGACCAGCUCUGCUGACCUUCCAAUCAUCUCCAGAAGUUGAACAAGCCAUUAAAUUAUCAUCAGAAAAUAUUGACAAGCUAACAGCAGAUGUGGACAUGAACUACCUCCACUUUAAUGACUACGGAAAGAACUUUAUCAAGACACAGAAGUUCUCACCAGACUCGUUCAUCCAAAUGGCAAUUCAGUUUGCAUUUUAUCGACUUCAUCAUGUUCCUGGUGCUCAUUAUGAAAGUGCUGGAACUAGAUUGUAUGUCCAUGGACGAACUGAAUGCAUCCGAUCAUGUUCCAAGGAAUCAGUUGCAUUUGCUAAGGCAAUGGUUGAGUCUAAAGAUGAUAAGGAAAAGGUACAGAAGAUGAAGGAUGCAAUUGAUGCACAUAAAAAGUACGUCAGCCAGGCUGUACAAGGAUUUGGAAUUGAUAGACAUUUACUUGGUUUAAAGCUGAUUGCAAGGGAAAAUGGAAUUGAAGUUCCAGCUUUGUAUGCUGAUGAAGGAUAUGUUAAAGCUUCGACUUAUAGGCUGAGUACUAGUCAAGUACCAAGUGUGUAUAAUGCAUUUAUGUGCUAUGGACCAUUGACUUACGAUGGAUAUGGCUGUUGCUAUUCACCAAGAAACAACGACAUGUGGUUCGGUCUAUCAAGCAUGAGAAGCAACAAUGAGACCAGCACGCAGUUGUUCAAGAAAAGUUUAGAAGAAGCACUUAAACUCAUGCAACAAGUACUGAUGAAAGCUGGCGAACAGCCAAUUAAGAGCAAACUGUAAAGGAAUCAAUCGUGUACUUCGACAUUUACGUACAGAAUUUACAAAUUUUAUACAAGACAGUUCAUAGUGACGUAUGAUAUUUUAUAGUCGUAUGCCGCUAGGAUCAUAUUAUAUGAUAUUAGUUAUAUUUAUAAAAAGAUUCUAGUUUCUAAAUUUUGUGGCACAAGAGUUAAAAUUAAAUCAAAGUCACUUGAACUUUGUGUGCCACUUAAAAAAUUGUUAAUUUUUUUUUGUUUAAAAAGGUUUAUAAUUUGUUGAGCUACAUACUGACUUGGAAUUUUACAACUUAAACCUUAUUUUGGUAUAACAAAUAGCUUCUUUGGAAUCGACUUCUAGAGAAACAAUCUUGUCAUUAACACUUUCGUUACCAUACCAGAGAAUAUAAGGUACAAUAAUCAAAUUAUUUUCUUGAUGAUGUUUCAUGACAGUUUGUUGUUUGAUAAAAUUUUGCAUUUAAAUUCUUAAUUAAAAUCUUUAUUGGAUUUAUAAACGUAUUUUGGUGAUUUGGGAAAAUAAAAUUUGAUUUAAAAUUUUCUAAUAAAC